UAUCUACGUCCUAUGCUGUGAGAUUCGCGGAGAGAGAUCAAUUUUCAGGCGCCUGUUGUUUUUGCUCAACGAAUCAAGCAAUGGCAUAGAUCACUGCAAUGGCGAGGCGAUCCUAUAAGACCGAAUUGGGCUGCAUAGCCUGUCAGGAGCUCACUGAACUUGGCGCUGGUAAAGAGGGCUGGCUCGUUGAUAAUCCCAAUCUUCUCUGCGCCAUCGAUACCCAUUCUCUUGCGCUUGCGAAUCGAUCCACAAUUCUUGUCCUUGGUUGGUCCGAUUCCGAUGGUUCGCGCCUGAAGAUACGCCCUGAACUAUCACCGAUCGAGGCUGAGCGUAUCUCCGCCAUUGAGUGGUUGGUGUUCGAUGAUAUUCGAGUGAUUGUGGCUGGGACCUCUUGUGGGUACUUGCUGAUUUAUUCAUUGCAGGGUGAUUUGAUUCAUAAACAGAUGGUUUAUCAUGGACGAAUCAUAAAGUUAAGAGUUCGUGGAUCAAAGAAAGGCUUUAGUCAAGAUACUUCCUCAGAAGAGUUUUGUGUUGUUAUGCCUGGCGUCAUUGCCCGUUUUGAUGUCUCUGGUAUUCAGAAUAUGCUGCAGAAAUGGUUUGAAGAAACACUAGGUCAUUAUUGGGGUCAAACGCCAAAAGGGCAAGAUCCAGAGGAUUCUGGAAGCUCUCGUGAAAAAUUACACUACCAGUUGUGGAAUGUUGGCAAGUACGGUAAUUGUGUUGACGCAGCGAUCACCGGAAUAAUGCCUCCGCCAUUGAUGGAAUCUCAGUCAAGUCAGCGUUAUUAUUGUGCAGUGGCCGUUGGAGAAGAUGCUGUGAUUUCAGCAUUCAGACUUUCUGAAGACAAAGGCAGGUCUAUAGUCGGAGCUAUAUUGUCUAAAGUUGUACCUGUAACGGUUUCAACAAUUACUUCUUUUUCUAAAUUGAUUUGGCGGAGUGAGCGGACAUCUCCAAAGAAGCAGGAUCAGAAGACUCAAGUCACUCAACCAUUUGCCCAAGCUGCACCUCUGACCUGUUUGAAGGAUCACCCUAGAAAGGGUGAGAAGCUUAUCUUAUCACCCAGUGGUACAUUAGCUGCUAUAACAGAUUCACUUGGUCGUAUUCUGCUGCUAGAUACUCAAGCACUGGUGGUCGUGCGCUUAUGGAAGGGAUAUCGGGAUGCCAGCUGCUUAUUCAUGGAGAUGUUGGUUAAUAAAGAUUUUGCAUCAUCAAGCUCCGCACAUCAUGAACCAAUGAAGAGUGAUUACUGCUUGUGUUUGGCUAUUCAUGCGCCUAGGAAAGGAAUUAUCGAGAUCUGGCAGAUGAGAACUGGGCCACGUCUUCGGACCAUUGCAUGCGCAAAAGGCAGCAAAAUGCUGCAACCUGCCUACAGGUUUGGCGCAUCAAUGUCGUCCCCAUAUGUGCCUCUGGAAGUUUUCUUGUUAAAUGGUGAUUCUGGUCAGAUAUCAGUUCUAAAUCGAACUUUGGAUUAAUGAUUGGCUUUGAUUUUAUGUUCUUUCUUUUUCUGUGUUACCCCAAAAACCCUGUAUUUUUCUAAAUUCAUGAUAGUAAAGAUGAUUGUUUUCACGCAGUCCUCUGCCAAGGGCCAUUAAG